UUACUUUACAAACCGUUCCGCUCGUCACUUGAGAGCCACUCAAACAGUUCUUGUGUUCUCCCCGCUCAAGAUAACGUUCUCGGCGUCGGAUAACUCGCUGUGGACGUGAAUAAGAGCUCAGUGUAUCUACCAGAAGCACAUUUCGUUUCGCUAGCUCUCUCUCAGAAAACAUGGAGUCGAGGGUGUUGUCCGGCGCCACCACCAUUUCCGGCCUCGUCCGGCUCCGUAAACCGGUGAGGGACACCGUUUGCUUCGCUCCUGCCAGACCAAUCGGGGCUGUGGGAGACGGCGGGAACCUCAUAUGGGGGAGGCAGCUCCGGCCAGCUUUGAUCCUGGAGAGCGCUCCAGUCGUCGGCAUGACCACCGGAAAGCGUGAGAUUCUCCGGCCGACUAUGGCCUCCACGUCGUCGCCCGCCGAAGGGAGCGAUUCCGCCGGGGACGCUAAGAUUGGGUUCUUGGACAAGUACCCGGCUCUAGUUACGGGGUUUUUCUUCUUCAUGUGGUAUUUCCUCAACGUUAUAUUCAACAUCCUCAACAAGAAGAUCUACAACUACUUCCCAUAUCCUUAUUUUGUAUCGGUAAUUCAUUUGUUUGUUGGGGUGGUCUACUGUUUGGUGAGCUGGGGCGUCGGCCUUCCCAAGCGAGCUCCUAUAGACUCAAACCUCCUGAAACUGCUCAUCCCCGUUGCUGUAUGUCAUGCUCUAGGCCAUGUGACUAGCAAUGUCUCCUUUGCAGCAGUUGCCGUCUCUUUCACCCACACAAUCAAAGCUCUUGAACCCUUCUUCAAUGCUGCGGCUUCUCAAUUUAUACUAGGACAGUCGAUACCCUUAACCCUAUGGCUAUCUCUGGCCCCUGUUGUUCUUGGUGUGUCAAUGGCAUCAUUGACUGAGCUAUCAUUCAACUGGAUUGGCUUCAUUAGUGCUAUGAUUUCUAAUAUCUCCUUCACUUACAGGAGUAUCUAUUCAAAGAAGGCCAUGACUGACAUGGACAGUACUAAUAUCUAUGCUUAUAUUUCCAUCAUUGCUCUCAUUGUCUGCAUUCCACCGGCUCUCAUUGUGGAGGGACCUCAACUGAUGAAGCAUGGCUUUAAUGAUGCAAUUGCUAAAGUGGGUCUGACCAAGUUCCUCUCAGAUCUCUUUUGGGUGGGAAUGUUUUAUCACCUCUACAAUCAGCUAGCUACCAACACCCUGGAGAGAGUGGCACCUCUCACACAUGCAGUUGGCAACGUCUUGAAACGUGUUUUUGUGAUUGGUUUCUCGAUCUUGGUCUUUGGUAACAAGAUUUCAACACAAACUGGUAUUGGAACAUGCGUUGCAAUUGCUGGAGUGGCAAUGUACUCUUUCAUAAAGGCCAAGAUGGAAGAGGAGAAACGACAACUGAAAUCAGCAUGAGAGGAAUACGAUCAUGGACAUGAAGGGCAUCUUGGCUGUAGAUUUGAAUUAUAUCGCCUUCCAAAGAAAGAAAUGACAAAUCAAGUAUCCUAUCCUUGUGAAGUUAUUUUUUUCAAUCAUUUUUCUUCAAUUCAGAGUACAAACAGUUGCUGAUUUGCAAUCACCUCAUGUUGACUGCAAAAUAAUGUAUCACUUGGCUCUCAGACCAAGCUUUUUA